AUGGACUUCAAACCUUCAGCUGGCUCUAGUCAACAACAAAAAAAUAACUCACAUCAUCCUUACGAAUUACUUAAUAACAUUCCUCUCAUCAAAGCACCUGGAACUUGGUUACCUAAACCAAUCGUCUUACCAGCCGAUUUACAUCCAAUGCCAGAUGACAUAACAGCCUAUUUUGUUUAUCCAUAUACACUAGAAAGUUCAUCAUUAAAUUAUUUAUCAAACUUAAAAACAAAUGCACAAAAUUUAAAAACCCAAUACCAAUCAGCAAAUGAUUAUUUAUCAAAAAGAGAACAACUUAAGUUGAUUGAAAAACAAGAAAUCCAACAUCAACUUCGGUUAAAUAAACUUCAAACUCUUCAUAGAUUGGCUCCUGGUUGGAAUGGUCAAAUGGAUUCCAUUGUUUCUUCUUCUUCUUCUUCGACUUCUCCUACUGCUAAUUCUAAUUCUAAUCAUCAGUCUAAUCAUCAGUCUAGUGAUUUGAUUUGA